AUGAGCGUCACUUUCACCGUUCAGCGUGGCUCUAAGAGCGGAAAGAUUGUUCAAGACACUUCCAACCGCGACCUGGGGCGUAACGAAGCCUAUCUCAAGAUCACACACUCUGGCCUGUGUGGCACAGAUGAACACUAUCUCCACGCUGGCAUGGCCCUAGGCCACGAAGGUGUUGGUAUCAUUGAGGCUGUUGGCCCAGACGUCACUUCCGUCAAGGUGGGCGACCGUGUCGGAUUUGGCUGGGUUCACAAGACAUGCGGCCGAUGUGAAAGCUGCCUUACUGGAUUGGAUGUGUACUGCACCGACAAGAAAGAAUAUGGCACUCAUGACCAUGACGUUGGCUCUUUCGCUAGCCAUGCCGUCUGGGAUGCUGACUCACUAUACAAGAUCCCUGAAGGUCUUGACAGUGCCUCUGCUGCUCCCCUCAUGUGCGGUGGUGCUACAGUUUGGUCGCCUUUUGCACUCUAUGGCAUUAAGGCAACUGAUCGUGUUGGCGUCCUUGGCGUUGGCGGCCUUGGACACUUGGCGAUCCAAUUCGGAGCCAAGAUGGGCUGCCACGUUGUUGUCUUUUCCAGCAGCGAGUCUAAGAGAGAGGACGCAAUGAAGCUAGGCGCUAGUGAAUACCACGUCCUGACUUCAGAUUCUUCUCUAGAGGGAAUUGAGCCAGUCAAGCACAUGCUUCUCUGCGGAAACGCGCAGCCAGAUUUUGGCCGAAUGAUUCAGCUCACUGCUAUAGGCGGCAAGAUUUACAACCUGAUUGUCAGCUUUGAUGCUUCUCCAGUGCCAAUGCUGCCCAUGUUGGUGAAGGGCAUCAGCAUUCAGGGCUCGGCUGGCGCACCCCGCGCCGAGAUCCGGAAAAUGCUGGACUUUGCAGUGAAGCACGAUAUUAAGCCUAUUGUCAUGAAGUGGCCAUUGAACACUCAGGGUGUGGAGGAUUCCAUGAAGGCACUGCGGGAGGGUAAGAUGAGAUACCGUGGCGUCCUGGUGGCAGAGUAA